GUAAUGACGUAAACGACUGCGCUGUUACGUACGGAUACGUUUCUUGUUGCACGUAACGGUGCAGUCACUUGUCACUUGAGGUAACGUUAGCUUUUUAACACUUACACGGAAUAAGCUUUAACGCGGAUCCUUGUGUGUACUUGAGGUGUUAAUAAUGAUGGAGGAUGGUGAGGGAGAGAAGAUGGGUGAAUCAGAGCCUGUGCUCCAUACACAGCAGCUGUGUCGCUUCUUCUCUCAAGGAAGACACUGCAAUUUUGGGAAGAAAUGCAGAUUCCUACACAUAAGAGAUGAUGCCAAAGCUCAUGAGAAGAAAACCAUCAGGACACCCAGCCAGUCAGACGUUGCAUCUCCAAACUCAGAGGUUCCUGGAGGAGAUGUGGGGCACAGGCCUCCUCCCACUAGUAACUCCAGGGUUGCUCCAGCAGCUGGCCGCCGCCCCUGUCGCUACUUUAUCUCAGGCCACUGCACUAUGGAAGACAGAUGUCGCUUCUGGCAUCCACCACAGUUCCCCCCACUGGAUGACCAGCCUGUUCCUGGAAAGAACCCAAGACCUGCACAGAGGAUGCCACCAGUACCUCGUCCUGGCAUCCUCCAAGAGGUCAAGCUGUGUGACCUGACAGAGAAUGUCGCCAUGCAGCUACGAGACACAGAGAUCGAGCAGUUGAAGAAGCGUUUUCCCAAAGACCAGCUGAUUAUUCAGGAACAAAGUAAUUGCAAAGUUACUUAUUACAGGGUGGCUGUAGAGGCCACUGAUCCAGACUGGCCCUUUGAUCUGAAAGAAGUUGACAUCAUGGUGAGCUUCCCAGACAGUUACCCCCAGGAGAUUUUUACAUUGGACAUACCGUUGGACCAGGAGCUGCCGCCAAUAAUGGCAAGACAUGUACAGCAAGCAUCAUUGGAGUGGCUUCAAGCCAAGCAUGCAACCAAUCAGCUUCUGGGAAAGGUAGAGCUGCUCUUCCGGCCUUUUCUUCGCUGGCUCGAUCGUAGUUUGGAGAGACUGUUCACUGAAGGAGCCCGGCAGUUAAAAAAAGACAUUGAUUUAGAAAAAGCUGGAUUGCAGUUCAUACCGUACCAGGAACUCCAGGCAACAGUGUGUGAAAAAUCUGUCAACGAUCAUUCAUCUGACACUGCUGCUGCAGGUGAGGAUGUUGCUGAUGAAGGAAAACUGGAAAAGAGAGAUAGCGAGAGGACAAUGGAGGGAGGGAAGUUAGUGCAGCAGGAGGGUCCCGGUGGUGAUGAAGGGCAGCAGCAGGAGGGGGAGGAGGAAGCCAGUCAUCUGGUGGAGAACAUUAAGAUCAGUGAUCCCCGCAGAGGCACAGAGGUAAAGCUGCUGGGACUGAGGCUGGGAGAGAACACAGCCACCGUAGUGGCCAAACAAAUCACUGUUUGUCUUCAAUGCAACAGGUGUAAGGUAACUGCAGACCUGACACUGACUGGGAGGGCACCCUGUACAGCUCAGUGUGAAAAGUGCAGUGCAAGCAUCAAUGCUGCAUUCAGGCCCUGCAUGCUGCACCAUUACAGCGAUGUCCUGGGAUACCUGGACCUUCACAACGCUGCACCUGCUGACCUUGUUCUUCAGGAAUGUGAACUCAUUGUGGGCUGCCUCAGCUGCUCCCAGGAGGGCCCUGUGCAGAACCUUUCCUAUGGUCAAACAAAGGAGUUUAAUUGUGAACACUGCCACAGCAAACUCGGGAUUCUGGCUGAGAGCACAAGAUUCCAGUAUAUUCAGCCACGCGCCAGCAAAACAGGUCCAAGUGCUUGUGCUGUUAAUUAUAAGACGAUAAGAGAUCCAGCUGUGCAAAAGGGGAAGCCCCUGCCAGAAAAAGGAGUAUGUAAACAUUACAGACAGAGCCACCGCUGGCUAAGGUUUCCCUGCUGUGGCCGGGCUUACCCCUGUGAUGGGUGCCAUGAUGAGGACCAGGACCACCCCAUGGAACUGGCCACCAGGAUGAUCUGUGGCUACUGUGCCAAAGAACAGCCGUAUGGCAACGGAAAGCCCUGCAUCAGCUGUGGAAGCAUGAUGACGAGAGGUGCACGCACCAGCCACUGGGAGGGAGGACUGGGAUGCAGAAACAAAAUCAAAAUGAGCAGAAAUGAUCGACAUAAAUAUGCCAACACCAACAAAACGAUUUCAAGGAAGGCCGUCGGUGAAAAGAAGUAGUUGGUGAAGAAGAGCAUUAUCCCUCUAACUUAUGAAAAGACAAAUUUAUAAAUGAUUUCAAAGAAAUUAUUGCACAUUUUC